UAUCCAUAAAAUCUAAAAAACUGAGUGUAUCAUCCAUUUUUUGUAUCAAGAUGGAUUCUCUUGGUCUGGUUCAGCCUCUCCACAAACUCUCUUCCACCAUUUUCUUUUCAAGGCAGCGAAGAAGUCCUCGUUUGAUUCCUUUCUCAUCCUCCCUGAAACCACCGUUACCCUCGAAAAGACUCAAUCUUUCGAAACCCUCUACCCUCACAUUUGCUCUUGCUGAAUCAGGUUCUCCUCAGCCUUUAGAAACAAGCUCGAAAUCUCUUCUCCUACAACUCUCUAAGUGUUUCGAUCUUCCAUCAGAUUACUUCCAGCAGCUACCAAGUGAUCUUCGUCUCGAUGUAAGCUUCCCUUCUUCCUCACUGCUUAGUGAUUUGCAACGCCUUCUUUUAAUUUUAUCUUGCCAGUUAAAUGAUGCUGCCUUUGAUCUCUCCAAUGGACCCAUCAUCGAUGAGUGUGGUCAAGAGCUUGGGGAGACGUUACUGAAUCUGUCGCGUGCUUGGGAACAAGCUGACACAUCAACCUCUCGUAGUUUAGUGAAGAAACUUCCCGAACUGGAAUCUUCAUUAACAGAUGGUGCCAAAUCAGCCUUUGGGAGGCGUCUGAUAUCUGCUGGAAGAAGGUUCAGGGGAAUGGGACAGUAUGGUCAAGGUGAAUUACAGAAGAUUGCUAAAGCGAUGAUUACAACUGGAGAGGUCCUAUCUGCAAAUACGUCACCUGCCUCAGUUGGAAAUGAAUCAAAGUCAAACACGAGGAUGUUUAAGUUUGGGGAGCUUCAGGUUGCUGUGAGUCCAGAGAAAGCAUACGCUGGAGCUGCCAUUGCAUUUGUCUUUGGGAUACUUUCAUGGCAAAUCAGUCAGGGAAUCCAAAGCAUACCAGAGAGCUCAUUGCAGUAUGCUAAUGACAAUGCGUUGGUACUCGCAAAGUCUCUAAGAGGGACUCUUCUAGCUACGUUUUAUGCGUCAGCCGUCUUGUCAGGCUUCACAACAGCUGGGCUUCUCCUUCUCGCUAAGCAGCUUUCAUCAGAGAAAGACUCAUCAUAAUCCUUCUAGGAUGAUCUCUAAUAUUAAUAAUGUUUAUUAUUGUUUCUACUACAUACAACCUUUAAUUCUGUCUAGUAAACUGUGGAAUGGGUUGAGUUGUACUUUGUUUUAGAGCAAAUGAAAUCUCUUUGAUA